CGUCAUGUGUCUCUAUUUAAUUUUCGAUUACGAGAUCUUCCCACCAUGUCAAUGGUGAAUCGAAUACGAAUCUAAUGGCAUUGUUGGCAGCUUCAACAUCUGUAUCUUUUUCUACUGAAAGAAUCACUUGUCGUUUCACAAAUUCAUUCUUCAAAUCCCAUUUUAUUACGAAGCUUAACAAGAACAAUCUAGACUCACCAUUGCAGCAAUGGCAAACAAGAUCAAGAAUCUCGUAUAUUAUGCAUAACCAUAGUGUUAUUGAUUCAUAUAAAGGUGUAAAACGAGUUUCAUUUCAGCUUCCUCUGUUACGAUUACCUCUUCGUGUUGCUCGUAGUUCAUCUCUUCCGUUUCUGCACAAAUUCAUUUCAUCUCCUAUGUCUUCCUUAAAUUCCGACGCUAACCCUGAUGUUAAAACGGUUAGAACUGUGAUAAAAGGGAGAGUGCAAGGGGUGUUUUACAGGGACUGGACUGUGGAGAAUGCUAAGGAAUUGGGAUUGAAAGGUUGGGUUCGAAAUCGGAGGGAUGGAUCGGUGGAAGCUUUGUUUUCUGGAAGCCCGGAAAAAGUUCAGGAAAUGGAGCAGAGGUGUCGGAGGGGUCCAUCAUCUGCUAUUGUCACUGGACUAGAUGUCGUCCCCUGUGAUGAUGACCCUGGAGCUGGGUUCGAACGCAAACAAACUGCUUGAUCAUAGGCUAGCCUUUUGGCUGCAGUUUGCCAAGCAAAUCAAAGACGAUGAGUUGACUGGAAGCUUUACUCCAUCACAGUUAAAACAUUCAGUAAGAUUUACUUUUAUGUAGUUUCAGUAUCCCCACAUCGGUUGUGAUCGAUGAGAAAUGUGGACGUAAGCUUGUUUAAAGAGCUGAGUUACGCCCAAGGUUCAUUUUCUUAUCACGUGACAGAUGGUAGUUGAGGAAAGUAUGGUGCAAUAAGUUGAGGCCCUCGAUAUUUUAUCGAUACACAGUCCUAAAUAUACAUAUAUUUCGUAUUUGUUGAUUAUUUUUAAUUUAAACGGUUGAGUGAACAACUCUGUUAGUUCUUAAGAGAAAAAGAUAUGGAACCAAUUAUUGUCCAAACUACACGAAAAAAGGCAAACAAUGACUUGACCUUUUGAAUACUUUUUCUGUACAACAUUUUAGACUAUGAGUUGAAGAUUUGAUCUUUCAUGGAUUUGA